GACCAAUAUACCUGCCUAAUAGCUACCUACCUACCUGGUAGCUAGGCCCAUAUAUAGGUAGGCCCAUACAAGCCUCGGUACUCAGCGCCCCCCAUCGAUAAUCUCCCUCUUGCCGUGCAAGUGCCAACACAUAUUUUGAGAAUUAUCAACACAUAACGAAACCAGCUUCGGGCGCGCGAUCAAAUGCACCUCACUACCAUCAUUAUCUCUGCCACCCUCGCCUUUGCAACUGGCACCAAUGGCUGGGCCCCAGAUGGAAAGGGAAACCAGGUUGCGAACAAGACCGACUAUGUACUAGAUGGCAAGGUUGUGGACGAAGCGUGCACCGAUUUCGACACCAAUGAGAUUGUAACAAGCGGUCCCUGCAAGUACUGGGCUGACGGCAACGGGGGCAUCACCGAAGGCACAUGCUCAGAAGCCAGGCAUGAGAUUGAUGGCGGGGGAGGCAGUGAAGCAACCUUUAUCCGAUGUAAUUGAACAUGGAAGCAGUCCCUAAUACGAGUAAAACACACGUCCACUCUACG